AAAGCCCAAGCCAAACCAAACAAUUUCACCUCACGCACGAAACCGGGAAGCAAGCAAGGUCCUCCCAACUCCCAGCAACCCAAGGUAGCGCGCGGCAGCAGCAAGCAGCUCGACGGCGACGAUGGCGGCAACAGCGGUUACUACUCCAGUAGGCACGGGCGGCGCUGCGGCAGCGAGAAGCCGGUUCGCGGCGGCGUGCGGGGCGCUCAGCCAGUACGUCAAGGCGGCCGAAUCCGAGAGGAUGCACGCGAGGCCGCCCGCGCCUCUGCGGCCGCUCCCGCUCAUGCCGGGCGCCGACGUCGACGCCAGCCCUGCCGACCUAGACCUGCCUCAGGCGGCGCCGGCGCCGGCGCCGGCGCAGUUGACCAUCGUGUACGGAGGGCGUGUGCUGGUGCUCGCUGACGUCCCCGCCGACAAGGCGGCGGGCCUGCUUCGCCUCGCCGCCGGCGCAGCAGCGGAACGUGCAGAAACAGAGGCGAUCGGUGCCAAGCGCCGCGACCAUGUCUCCGGCUCUGCGUCUGCGGGCGCUGACCUGCCAGUUGCGAGGAAGGCGUCGCUGCAGCGGUUCAUGGAGAAGCGCAAGGCUCGGGUCGCCGCCGUCCGCACGGAGCCGUACCGACGGCCGGACGUCAGCGACUCCUGUCCUGACAACCUCAAGCUUGCGCUCUGAUUCCUGUUCCGUGUCCCUACGCACUUUCUAUAAUUUUGUAGGCGAGGUAUAGGAUUAUAGGAAGAGCAGCGAAACAUGGGUGUACCAAGUGAAAUCCAGAUCUGAACAAAGUUUUCUGAAAAACACAGUUGCACGUGCUUUCUACGGCAUUAUUUUGUAAAUCUCCAGCUUUAACCACAACACAACUGUUUCUCAAUAAA